AUGGAAACCAGAGAUUUCGUCCCAUCGCUCGGCAUCACUGAGCGCCAAGUCUGCGCGUACGCGACAAUUUCAGCCGUAGUGCUGCUGCUCCCCCAGGCUCAUUUUGUAUGGCAACAAGCCGUGCUCCUCCUCGUCCGCUCAAACCGCAGCUAUGACCUGCUGCUGCUACUCCUCGGCUGUUUCGGCUUCAUCCAGUUGAUUCUCCACAGCAUCGGGCUCGUCGUGUCGCUGACUAGCGAUGUAUUGGCUGAUUGGAUGCUGCUCCUUCCCCCAGCCCUAUUGAUCUCAAUAUUUCUCCUCUUCUGCCAGCUGAUCCUUCCCUAUUGGACCGGCGGGAAUGGCGGCACCAUUUUGACCCAUUUCCUCUUCAUCCUCUGCAGUGCCAGCUUUGGCCUCACGAAUUUGCAUCGGCUAUUCACCGGCAAGCCGAAGCCGCUGCUCUCCGCGCCAGCUCACGUGGUGGCCGACGGCGUGCCCCCCGUCGAGGCUACACCGGUAGUCGUUUCCGGUCAGGUGGGGGCAGUUGCCGUGCAGUCGAUCGUCUCGAAAACCGUGCCGUCUCGACCCGUGUCUGCCGUCUCGUCCAUCAGCGACACCAACCCCGCGUCAUCGUUGUCGCGCCAGCAAAAGAGCUUCUUUAGGUCGCUCACCCAGAAGCUCAUCACCAAGCUG